AUGCCCGAUAACUCACAACCUGAGUCCGAGAAGAAAGUAGAGUUCCAUGCCGCACCUGGAACUGAAAUACUAUUCGAUGGUAGCGACAAUGGAAGUAUCUCCGAGCGGCUUCACCAGCUCAAGCAUCGUGGAACAGGGGAUGGACGCAUGUUAUUGGUCCCGCAACCUUCGAUCAACGAUCCAAAUGAUCCUUUAAACUGGUCCACUACGAAGAAAAGCUUGACCUUCUUCAAUGGCUGUUGGUUUGCCUUUAUGGGGGCUAUUACUGGUCCUAUCAUGGCAGCUGGUAUGAUGCAACUAUCCGUCACCUUCGACAAGCCCCUCCAGGAAUUGACUUAUGCGAACGGAGCUUGCUUGAUCAAUCAGGGUGUAUGGAACUGUGUCUGGAUGCCAUUUGCCGUGAAGUAUGGCCGCCGUCCCAUCUACCUCUUCUCAAACUUCCUCAUGGCCAUCGCCUGUAUCUGGCUAGCUGUUGCAUCCAAUAAAACCUACACCGUUUUCCUGGUUGGGCGUGCUUUCCUGGGCGCGUUCCAGGCGCCCAUUGAGUCAAUCGUCCCAUCAACCGUGACAGAUAUGUUCUUUUUGCACAACCGCGGAGAGCUUAUUGCUAUGUAUGGCCUGUCUGUCCUGGGAGGCAAUGAGCUGGGACCUAUGUUCUCCGGAUUCAUCGUGCAGGCACUUGGAAUGGACUGGGCCUUUUGGAUUGUGGCCAUGUUUGUUGGUGCCAGCUUGAUCUCCAUGUUUUUCUUCAUGCCAGAGACCAAGUUCGACGGACCCCGUCCCGAUCUAUUCCAGUCCACCAAUGUCGAUGGAAGUAGAGACCAGGUGCUAGUUCAGGAAUCAAGCCCAAUUCCCCAAAAGACCUUUGUACAAGAACUCCAGUUCUGGAACGGCGGAGAUCCAAAUAUUAAUCUCCUUCAUGUCUUCCUGCGCCCAUUCGUGCUCGUGGCCUAUCCCACCGUCCUCUGGUCUUGUUGCAUUUACGGUAUGGCCCUUAGCUGGAAUGUCAUCCUCGGCGCGUCGGUGGCACAGCUCUUUGCACCCCCUCCCUACGCAUUCAAUUCCAACGGCCAGGGUCUAUUCUUCCUAUCGCCCUUCAUUGGCUCUCUUUUCGGUGUUUUUUUCUCUGGCCCAGGGGGCGACUGGAUUGCCAACUUCUUCACCAAACGCAAUAACGGCAUUCGUGAGCCCGAGAUGCGGCUACCGACUUGUCUAUUGGCGGCAUUUUUCACAUUCUUUGGUGCGCUUUGGUUUGGACUUGCCUAUGAACACCAAAUGCACUGGGCAAUGCCUGUUGUGGGGGCGGGUAUUCUGUCAGUAGGAAGUCAAAUGGGAACCACGCUAGGAAUGAACUACGCCCUGGAUUGUCACAAAGAGCUCUCCGUCGAGAUCAUGGUGACUAUUGCUGCUUUGAAAAGUUGUAUCGCGUGGAUCUGGACAUGGGUGAUCAACGACUAUAUCACUUCCAAUGGUGUUUUGAGUGUCUUUAUGACAGUUGCGGCUAUCAAUGUUGUGGUCUACGUGGUCUAUAUUCCCUUUUAUCUGAAGGGCAAGGAGAUCCGAAUCUGGUUGCACCAGAAGGAUUUCCUCCGGGCCGCUGGUAUCAUCUAG